UACAAGUACGUCUGGAUGGCAGGUUUCUCUCGGCCGUCAGAACCUGCAGGGCAUAAACCCAAACGAAGUGUCCAGAACUGUUGCCAGAAUCCUUCUGCAUCCAAACUAUGACAGUAAUACCAACGACAACGACAUCGCUCUGCUCAGACUCUCCUCACCAGUCAAAUUCACAGACUACAUCAGACCUGUGUGUCUGGCAGCCAGUGACAGUGUGUUCAACAACGGUACUGAUAGCUGGGUCACUGGCUGGGGAGCAGUCAAGGAGGGAGUGUCAUUACCAUUCCCUGAAACUCUUCAAGAAGUUGAGGUUCCAGUUCUUGGAAACAGACAGUGUAACUGUCUCAAUGGAGUCGGCACAGUCACAGACAACAUGAUCUGUGCUGGUGUUCUGGCAGGAGGCAAAGACUCGUGUCAGGGCGACUCUGGAGGUCCAAUGGUGAACAAACAGGGCUCUGCCUGGGUCCAGUCUGGAGUAGUAAGUUUUGGUUUUGGCUGUGCUCGGCCCAAUCUGCCGGGAGUCUACUCCAGAGUGUCCACUUACCAGUCCUGGAUCAACUCCCACAUCAGCUCUGAUAAGCCAGGCUUUGUCCAGUUCACCUCCAGUGGGCUGGAUGCUGACAGCAGCUACACCUGUCCUGGUCUGCCACCUCCUGUUAUUAUUGCUGCUACUACUGAUACUGCAGGACCAGACACAACUACAGAACCAGUAUCUAAAACCACAACUCCAUCAUCAACCAUGCUAAGCGCUGAAUUGUGUGGCAUCACUCCCCUGAACACCAAGAUAGUUGGAGGUGAAGAUGCUCCAGCUGGAAGUUGGCCCUGGCAGGUCAGUCUGCAGAUCUUUGGCAGCCAUGUUUGUGGUGGUUCCCUCAUCAACAGAGAGUGGGUGAUGUCUGCUGCUCACUGCUUCUCCAGUACAAGUACGUCUGGAUGGCAGGUUUCUCUCGGCCGUCAGAACCUGCAGGGCAUAAACCCAAACGAAGUGUCCAGAACUGUUGCCAGAAUCCUUCUGCAUCCAAACUAUGACAGUAAUACCAACGACAACGACAUCGCUCUGCUCAGACUCUCCUCACCAGUCAAAUUCACAGACUACAUCAGACCUGUGUGUCUGGCAGCCAGUGACAGUGUGUUCAACAACGGUACUGAUAGCUGGGUCACUGGCUGGGGAGCAGUCAAGGAGGGAGUGUCAUUACCAUUCCCUGAAACUCUUCAAGAAGUUGAGGUUCCAGUUCUCGGAAACAGACAGUGUAACUGUCUCAAUGGAGUCGGCACAGUCACAGACAACAUGAUCUGUGCUGGUGUUCUGGCAGGAGGCAAAGACUCGUGUCAGGGCGACUCUGGAGGUCCAAUGGUGAACAAACAGGGCUCUGCCUGGGUCCAGUCUGGAAUCGUUAGUUUUGGUUUUGGCUGUGCUCGGCCCAAUCUGCCGGGAGUCUACUCCAGAGUGUCCAGUUACCAGUCCUGGAUCAACUCCCACAUCAGCUCUGAUAAGCCAGGCUUUGUCCAGUUCACCUCCAGUGGGCUGGAUGCUGACAGCAGCUACACCUGUCCUGGCCUACCACCUAGCCCAACAACAAGACCAACAGCAAGACCAACUCCUACUACCCAAAGUAUAACUAGUCCUGCAAGGUCAGUUUGUGGCAAAGCUCCAAUGAACAGCCGUGUUGUAGGUGACAGUGGUGUUGUACCUGGAGGAAGUUGGCCCUGGAUGGUUAGUCUCCACAAAAAUGGAGUCCACACUUGUGGAGGAACCCUCAUAUCUGCCAAUUUCAUCCUCACAUCUGGCCAGUGCUUCUCGACCCCCAAACCAGACAUCCGUGAGUGGAGUGUGUUUCUCGGCCAGCGAAUUGUGAACGGCUUGGAAGAAUUUGAGAUGUCUCUGGGCCUUGUGAACAUUACAGUGAGCAAAAACACAGAUUCCAACAUUGCCCUUGUGCAGCUGAAUAAACCAGUCAUCUACAGAGAUUAUAUUCAGCCUGUGUGCAUGGACAUCAGCAAUGCCAGAUCCUUCCCCAUUGGAACUAGAUGCUGGGUGGCUGGCUGGGAGAAGGGAAGCAAGAGCAGAGGCACUGAUAAAGCUGGCUCACAUCUUCGAGACACUGAAACUGAAGUGGCAAGUUGUGAAAAUGCUUCUGAUUUGGAGAACAUUUGCACUUAUACCAUGGAUCUUCGACAGGGGGAUCAUGGCGGCCCUCUGCUAUGCAAGUCCGAGUCAUCUUGGUUCCAGGUGGCCGUUGUAAUGAGUGGAAGUAAAUCAGUCCGCGCUGACAUUCAGGUCUUUGCCAAAACUUCAAGGUUCGGGUCUUUCUUGAAGGAGAUAGUUGGCGACAUGCCGACUCCUGAAGCUGCUGCAGCUGGAAAUGCACCAAGUUUUGCAAUUUCUUUAUCCCUCUUUUUCGCUAUGUCCAUUACCUCAAUAUUUAUUUUUUUAUAAUGUUAUAAUUUUUGCACUUAAAGGUCAAAUUAACUGACAACUUUGAACACCCUUCUCAAGCCCACAUUUGCAUUCUUUAAAUGCACUAACAUACUCAGGUCAAACUGUUAAAACGUUGCUUCAUGACGCACUUUUAACAAACUUCAUACUUUUAUAACAAAAUGUAUUUUACUGUUUUUCUAGAAAUGAACUGUACAGGGAAGAGUCAUGUAUGAAGUUAAAUCUUCUUAAAUUGUUAAGACAGGUAAAAUGAAAUCGAAUCACAUAUAUAUAAUAAAUAUUGAUGAAGCAUAAAA